AAGUCUUUAUUGGGGUAAUAAUUGUUUGUAGCUAUGAGCAAACUUUUGUUGGAAAUUGCAAGUAAUUAUUACCAACUGUUCAGGACAUUAGUACAUCACGCUUCACAUCCAUGUCUUAAUGCAUGCAGCUCUAGCAGCAAUGAUCAGUGAGAAAAGCAUGAACUCCUGUGGUGUCCUUAACCUAAUCAUAGUUCCAAGCCUUUCUCAUGAUGCUACUACAUUGGUACAUCAACCACUUCAACGAAGCUCAAACGAGAGAGAGAGAGAGAGAGAGAUGCAUGUCUUCUUAAACCCACCAAACCAACCUAAUCGCAUCACCUUUCUCUGCCGUUCCUGCGAAGGUCGAUCAUGAAGUCCAUACUGUUUGAACCUCCAAGCAGAAGACAGGAGGGAGGAGGAGCUCACGAUCAAGAUAAAGCCACAGAAGCAGCCCAUGGUUUCCGGAACCCCUUGGAGCUCAGUCUUCGCAUCUCUUCCGGUGUCAUGGCCUGCAACGUUGGCGGUGGUGAUUCCGGCGAGUGCCGAGGACUCUUAGCUACCAGAGAUAACCUUGUGGUGCACCGAAGAGACCAAGGAGCUAAGGAGUGGCUUCCAGCUGAGAUCCACAGCGGAUUCAUCCACCCGUGGAGUCUCGCUGCUCGGCAGCAGAAGGCAGUCUUCGAGCAAGCUUCUUCUGCGCCGAGAGAUGCGCAUCCUUCGUCUUCCACGCCGCCGCCGCCGCCGCCGCCGCUGCUUGUCGGCUGGCCGCCAGUGCGAACCUCUCGAAAGCAUCUAAGCCUGCUGAAGCCCGGGAUGGACGGAGAGAACGACGCGAAGAGGCGAAAGUUAACAGAGAGAGAGGCAACAACAGUGCUUACGACAGAAUCGAGAUCAAGACCUGCGAUGUUCGUGAAGGUUAACAUGGAAGGCUACGUGGUGGGUAGGAAGAUCGACCUGGGAGCCCAUGAGAGCUACCGGUCGCUCUAUCGCGCCCUCUCCAAGUUGCUCCGCAACUUCCUCUCCUGUACGGGAGCUCGGAUGCGAUCAGCUAAUUAUUCAAACAAUUCAGGAGAACAAGAUGAUGAGGUUGCUGAUGAUGACUUUGUUCUGCUUUAUGAAGAUAGUGAAGGUGAUCAGAUGCUUGUUGGUGAUAUCCCCUGGGAGUUGUUUAUUACUUCUGUGAAAAAGCUCUACAUUGCUCAUGGCAGAAAGAAGGCUGCUGCAGGAGGAGAGGCACAAAAGACUCAUCACAAGCAACAACUGAAUCACUGACAGCAGAAAUGAAGCAUAUGAAUCAAAUCAUCUGCUAACUCCUUUUGUUGCUCCUUGUAUUUCUCUAUGUGCUUGUAGGUUAUCUGUUGUGUCAUGGAGAUUAUGUUUUAGGAAUUUGAUUAGAUGAAAUAGUUUAUAACCUCUUGAUCGAUUGUUUCUCUUUUUGAAGGUCUAUCACAUCAUGAGUACCAAAUCCUAGAGACUACUCUAUUGAGAAUACAAAUAAAAUUUUAGAUCCUGUAAAAAUGAGUAGAAGGUUUCUAUCCAUAGAAAGAAGCAAGAAAAAUAUUCUGAAGAAUAUUAUUUUCUUAGGCUUCUGUUGAUAUGAUCAAUUUGAUCAAUUCAACACAAUGAGUCAUAUCGAGUACAUGACACCAAACUUCAAAUUCAGCAGCUUAUGCUUGGAAUUCAGAGCACCUCAUCAGGCUUUUCUGAUGCAUGUUGGGCAUUUGCCACAGAUGAGAGACAGCAUGCAGCCACUGCAAGAGGUAAAAACCACCUGCCAUUUACCGGCAAAUCAGUAAUCUUAACCUGUGGAUUCAUGUUUGCUUCCAACAUAAAUGAUUGAUCAUAAUUCAACAGAAUGAAUCCUUCUGCAAUUCAUCUGUCAUACCAAAACAAAUUCUCCUUCCUAUUCCAAAGGUCCUUUCUCAAGACAAUGUGCAAUAUCUUGGCAGUAUGAUACUCCAUGUGUAUCUGUUCUUGGGUGUCAUUGCAUGACUCCAUGCACACACACACUGAAUUUAUCCCAGGCUACCAAAGAGGUAUUGUUCUUUUCAAUCUGCUGCACAUAAUCUAGAUGAGAUGAUUAGAACCCCUCAGGUAUUUGACAUGUCUUCUUCCUUUGGAGCUCCUCAGCUGUUCCUUCUUUUAGUUCUGUUCUCUUUUAAUUAGCAGAUCAACUUGAAAAGCUGAAGAAUUUAUCCAAGCUUUGCUUCAAAAUCUUUUAUGUGAUUUGUAUCUCCUCAGUUAUCAGCCAGAAAACUAGGAUUUAAAGGAACUCUUGCUAGUAUAUGUAUCUAUUCAGUACCAAACAAAAUCCAUGGUAUGCUGAAGAUAGAGAGAUUUCUGUGCCAUGAUAUGCUUCUGUACUGAUCUUCUCUUUUCUUAUCUUCCUCUAUUAUAUAAUUAGAUCCACAUGAUUCAACUUUUAUGAAGGGAGAAGAAAGGUUCACUUUUGAGUCCUACAUUUUGGUGACAGUAGAGUCCCUGAUUCUGCCCUCAAUGCAAAGAAAACCAUCACACGUUCUGUGAUCAUUCAAAUAGUUGCAGUUGAGCUUUGGUAUCUACCAAACCUCAGUUGCAGAGAAGAACGCAUGCCUAAAAGCACCAAAACAAUGUCAAAGAAUUGGAAGAAGAGAAAGAAGUGUCAGGGGGCGCCCAAAGGGUAUUCUGCAACCCAACUUAAUUGUGGCAAAAGCUCUUUUCUCCUCUUGAUCGCAUAUUGUUGCCUACUCCUCAAGCAUUCACUCCACAACUAUUUUAUGGCUCCAGGUUGCACCUUUUAAGUGCAUCAUUGAGCUGCCUUUGAUCCAUAUCCACAUUCUCUAACAUUUCCUUUUGGUCUCGAGCACUUCUUCCUGCAUUAUUGCCUUCUUUUGAGAUGUAGGACAUGUUUGUGAUGUAUGUAUGUACGGUAGUACUCUGGUGAGGAUGUCAAAGAACUUGGAUCAGUUCAAAGAACUUGAGAUUUGCCCCAGUUUGGAUCACUCUCAAAUCUCCAUGUUUGGAUCAGGAUCUGCGCAAUCUUGCAGUCUUUUUGAGAGGGAAUCACAUAUCAGAUGAGACCUCUGUGGAAAACUUGCAAGCCAUAUUGAUGGAAACAAGCAGAGAAUCCAACAAAGACAGAGGAGGGAGUUAGCACAAUCCAUCAAAUUUGCUGAGGCGAGGCUUUCAGCAUCACUCUCUGCUGCUUUUAAUUAUGUCGCUGGUGCAGUCUGCGUUGGCCAUCGACGGCCGGUCUUUUCUCGGAUGGCCCCUCCACUUCAUGCAGUGCUUGACUCCACACUCACCUUUCCAAGGGGUGACCAAAAGCUCUUUUAUCUUACUACAACUUGAGCUGCCACUCCUAAAUACUUAUGUUUGUAUCUUAAAUCUCUUUCAUUAAUACACAUCUUACAGAAGAUGUCCAAAAUGCAAUGCCUUAAUAAGAAGAAGAAGAAGAAGAAGAUGAUGAUGAUGAUGAUGAUGAUGAAGAAGAAGAAGACUAUCUAAAAGGACAUAUAAGUUAAAUUUAGCUACUUAUGUUGGAGUCUUUUGCUUCAAUGAAGUGGGACUCUAAUGGUGGAAGUUACUCAAAAGUAGUAGCCCCUCUGUUCCUUUCACGCUGAUCUUUGCCUCAGAAGCUUUCGUGUUGAAGAAUCAAUGUGCUGCAUGCGCUGCUAUAUAAUGCGCCUUCUCCAUCACAUGUUUGGUAGUCUCAGCUUCCUUCCUUUCUGGUUUU